UUAACUAUUUCCGACGUAUAACCUAAAAAAAUUAUAAAUCUGGUAACUGAAACAAAAUAUUAUUAAAACUAUUUGUAAAUCUAAUAAACUAUAACGUGAUGAAUACCGUCAGGAUAAUUAAAAAUAUCUCCUUUCGCCAAUGGCGAACAUUUUCAAGGAGCUCUGUUAUAAGACAAGAUGUAAGUGAAGCUAUCAAACCCCUUACCAUCCCACCACCGGAGGGUGUUGACAAGCCAGUAUCACCGAAGAUAGAGAAGAUCGUAGCGGAUAUAACAAACCUCAACUUAUUGGAAGUGUCAGAACUCAGUCAGGUUUUGAAAAAAAGACUUAACCUUCCUGAUGCCCCUGCUAUGCCUAUCGGAGGGUUUGCGAUGGCUGCGCCGGCAGCACAAGAGGAAGAGGAAGCUGCGCCUAAAGCUGUUAAGACUAACUUUACAGUUAAAAUGACCAAGUUUGAUGACAAACAGAAGGUGGCAUUAAUCAAAGAAGUCAAGAGUCUGCUGGAAGGAUUUAACUUGGUACAAGCCAAGAAAUUUGUUGAAAGUGUACCCACAGUAGUGAAGGCUGACAUUUCUAAAGACGAGGCGGAAAAACUAAAGGAAGCAUUGAGCAAAGUUGGAGCUGUUAUAGAAAUUGAAUAGAUGUAAUUAAGUAGU